GCCGCGAAACGGAGCCGGUGAUGGGCGCCGCGUCCUGGAGAUUUUAAGGUCUCGGGCAAACGCGCGGUCACCAAGUACGGUGGCCGAGGAGGAUCUUCGCCAAGAUGGCGGCCGCCAUAGCUGUGGUGGCUCAAAAAGCCUGCAGCGCCGGAGCCCUCAGAGCCGCGUGGAGAGGCUGCACCUUGAUUCCAGGGUCUGGAGUCAAUUGUCAUUAUGCUACCUUGGCAUGUGCUUUCCAGACGCAUUGCUACAUUUCUGGCCCCCGCGACAUGACAGUGCAGCCAUGCAGGCGCAGCAGCUUCUUCAAUAAAUUGACGGCUGAUCAGCUCUGGAAAGGCGUUUUGGCAGAGAGCGGAGCCAGUGGAAGGAAAGGAAGAGGGAAAAGGACCAAGAAGAAGCUGAAGAAGGAUCUCAAUAGAGGCCAGAUCAUUGGCGAAGGACGCUCAGGUUUCCUCUGGCCUGGCCUCAAUGCUCCAGUACUGAAACAAGGAGCAGUCCAGACCAUUGAUCAGCGGGAUAAAGAGGAGCAGGAGAAGGUGCAAGCAGAAAAGCUCCGUCUGCGGGAAGAGUUUGACAGGAAAAGAAAGAUAAAGGUGAAGAGGGAGAGAGGAUGGACUGGAAGAUCUUGGGGAGGUAUCAGCCUAGGUCCCCCGGAUCCAAGUCCUACUGGAGAAACAUACGAAGAUUUCGACUCCAGAGUGAUUGAGUUGAAAAAUGUAUUUAAUAUGACAGCCAAGGAAGGAAGGAGAAAAUCUGUCAGUGCCCUGGUGGUGGUUGGAAAUGGAAAUGGAAUUGCUGGUUUUGCACUGGGAAAAGCAACGGACAGGAUGAUUGCAUUGAGGAAAGCGAAGAACAGAGCUAUCCACUAUUUGCACUAUAUCGAAAGAUACGAAGAUCACACAAUUUAUCACGAUAUCGCAAGCACUGUUAAGAAAACAACCAUCCGGAUGAAGAAGCAGAACAAGGGAUACGGUCUUCACUGCCACCGAGCUAUCAUUACCAUGUGCAAACUUAUUGGGGUUCAAGACAUGUACGCCAAGCUUUAUGGAUCCAGGAAUUUACUCAAUGUCACCCGAGCGCUCUUCAGGGGAUUAGCAAAACAGGAAACUCACCAAAACCUAGCCAAUAAGAAAGGCCUCUACGUCGUAGAAUUCUGUGAAGAACGCGGCCCGCUUCCUGUUGUCGUCGCAAAGCCCCAGGGGGCGAUCAGAGAAGAUCCGGAGCCCGAGGAUGAAGCUCUCAAUGUCAAAUUGGAGUUCAGUGAAGUGAAGGCAGCGCAGGGAAUGAAGAAGAACGUCUGGGCAAAUGUGAGAAGAACAGCUUCUUAGACUGGGUCUGUAUUUAGAUGCCCAAAAGCCGAAGAAGAUGUACCAUCAACACAGAGUCAUAGAAUUAAUUUCCAAGAUAAAUGCUGUGUGAAGGUUUCAUUCUAACUUAGGGGCUCAAAACAGCUUGGCUGCCUCUCUCCAGGGGGCACUCUCUCUCUGUUGAGUGCAAGCGACUGAUGCACUAAAAUUGCAAUUUCAUAACUGCAUCUGCUUUAUUGCGGCUGACCCGGGCCGUGGAGGGGUGGGAGAGCCUGCAACCAACAGGUUGCUUUCAUGCGUAACUUGGGGAGGGGGUGAACUGUCAAACAACGUGGCAGAAAUAAAGUUGUGACAAAAUCCU